UUUCUUGUUGGCAAAGCUAACCUUAAAUCUGAGGAAAUAAUAGUCCUCCAAAUUACAGUUAUUUUCUCAAUUUUUUUUCCUUCUUUGUCGACCUGAGUCAUUCUCUGCUUCUUUCACCAUGACCAAGCAGCAAGCCAACUGGAGUCCCUACGACAACAAUGGAGGAUCUUGCGUUGCGAUCGCUGGAGCCGAUUACUGUGUUGUCGCGGCUGAUACUCGAAUGUCUACCGGUUACAAUAUUCUCACCCGCGAUUACUCCAAACUCUGUAAACUAGCAGAUAAAUGUGUAAUGGCAUCCUCAGGAUUUCAAGCUGAUGUGAAGGCUUUGCAAAAGCAUCUGGCAGCUAGGCACUUGAUUUAUCAGCAUCAGCACAACAAGCAAAUGAGCUGCCCUGCAAUGGCUCAACUGCUGUCCAACACCCUUUACUACAAGCGCUUCUUUCCUUAUUAUUCCUUUAAUGUUUUGGGUGGUCUUGAUAAUGAAGGAAAGGGUUGUGUCUUCACAUAUGAUGCUGUCGGCUCCUACGAGAAAGUUGGAUACAGCUCCCAAGGUUCUGGUUCGACGCUCAUCAUGCCUUUCUUGGAUAACCAACUAAAAUCUCCCAGCCCUCUCCUAUUGCCUGCCCAGGAUGCUGUUACUCCACUUGUGGAAGCGGAAGCUGUUGAUUUGGUAAAAACUGUUUUUGCAUCAGCAUCUGAGAGGGAUAUAUACACUGGAGACAAGCUUGAAAUUGUUGUCAUAAAUGCUGAUGGUAUCCACCGUGAAUACAUGGAUCUUAGGAAAGAUUGAUGAAUUACUACUCCAAACCAGGUUAGGGGCUCUCUUACAGAAGUGGAAUACUGGAAUUGAUGGAAUGGUUGUUGCAUUUUACCGUUGUUCUGAUGUUAAUGCGGUCAAUGCUUGUUUUGAACUAUUUUCGUAUAGUCAGACGAUGACGAGACAUUGAUACUUAAAUUAUGCAGUUGAUUUUAUCUGAUUUCUCUGCUGUUAGGCAAAAAUAGAAUUGGAUAAUGGUUUUAUGGA